UUUUGGCCUAUUCUAUAUUUUGAUUAUAAACUGUGGUUACAAGAUACUUCAUUUUCUUUCAAAAUAACACAUACAAAGAUUGCCUAAAAAAAGAUUAUCACAAAUAUAGCUUUAGUCAAAACCCCUGAAAAAUAAGUAAAAAAGUAGUAUUCCUGUGAGUCGGAAUGGACUGGUUGGCAAUGAGCAUAUAACUAUUGGUAAACGUGCUCUGGAAAAUAUGGGGAAAUACAUUGUAACUUCCCCUCUGAUUCAGGGAAUCUAUAAGCGUUGAGGUAAACCUGGUGGCGUAGUGGUUAAGUGCUAUGGCUGCUAACCAAAGGGUAGGCAGUUGGAAUCCAACAGGCACUCCUUGGAAAUUCUAUGUGGCAGUUCUACUUUGUCCUAUAGGUCUCUAUGAGUCAGAAUCGACUCAACAGCACUGGGUUUGGUUUGGGUUUGGGUAUGAGCAUUGAAUGAGAUCAUAUUCCCGGUAUUGUUGUCAGUUAAAAAUAAAAAUAAUAAUAAUAAUGGAGAGUUAAAAAUAAUGAUGAAGUGGACUACAUGAGUAUUUGAAGGGCAUCAGAUGACUAAAUAAGAAAGGACUAAAAUGAGAAUGAAAACACAGGACUAAAAGAGCAAUAUGUCAAAAAAAAAAAAUGUAAGCUCAUUGUUUUUACCAGGGUGUUACAUUAAUUUUAGAACCCUAAAGUAAUUGUACAUUCAGGAAAGAAUCAAAGAAUAACUUGUAGAUAUACAAGGUUAUGUCUCCUUUAAGAAGCUCUGGUGAAAAGCAGUGGCUAAAUGCUUGGGUGCUAACUGAGAAGUGAGUGUUUCGAACUCACAAUCCUAACAGCAGGAAGAGAUAGGACAGUUUGUUUCCUUAAAGAUUACAGCCUUGGAAAACCUGUGCCAGCCAUUCUACUAUGUCCUUUAGGGUCACUAUGAAUAGGACUCGACAGCAAUAUGCAAUCUGCAUAUCCCCUUAAACAUCCACGUAUUUUUUGCAAAAUUCAAACAAUAUUGUGGGCAUUUACAAAUGCCGUUUUCCUGAGCCAGGCUAUCUCUUAUGAUUCUCAGUCUCAGUAUUCUAAUGAUGGUGGUCUUAUAUCUCCUACUUCUCCUGAUCUUACCUUUAUAAUUUUUCCUUUAGCACUAAAUUUACAUUCUUUGUUUUCUUAGCGCUAUUAAUAAACAUGAACUUUUAGAAUGACAGAAUGGUGAAAUGCACAUGUUUUCUGAAACUGCUAUCCUGAAGAAAACUACUGAAGUUCUGUCACUCAAGAACAAUUUCCUGGGUUCAAAAUCCAGCUCAUCACUGACUAUACUGUGUAAUCUCAAACAAGGUCCUUCAGUUACAUAUACAUCAGUUUUCUUAAGGAAAUUAUGGGGCUACCUGUUUUAUAGUUUAUAGUGUUACUUGGAGAUGUAAAUUAAUUAAUACAUUUUAAUGUUUUAGCUCAAUAUUUGAAAUGGUAAAUGUUAUAUAAGUAUGUUAUUAUCAUUAAUAUUGUUACUAAUUUCUAUUAUCUUUACUUCAGAAUUUCUCUAGCAAUAAUCAUGGCGUUAACUGUAGGAAAUCAGAGUACUGGAGCCACAUUCACCCUCUUGGGCUUCUCAGAAUACCCAGACCUCCAGGUGCCCCUCUUCACGAUGUUCCUGGCCAUCUACAUGGUCACUGUGGUGGGGAACCUGGGCAUGAUUGUGAUCAUCAGGAUCAACCCCAAACUCCACACCCCCAUGUACUUUUUCCUCAGUCACUUGUCUUUUGUUGAUUUCUGCUACUCCACUAUAGUUACACCCAAACUAUUAGAAAACUUGGUUGUGGGAGACAGAACCAUCUCCUUCACAGGGUGCAUCAUGCAGUUCUUCUUGGCUUCUAUAUUUGCAACUGCAGAAACAUUCAUAUUGGCAGUGAUGGCCUAUGACCGUUUUGUGGCAGUUUGUAACCCCCUGCUUUACACCGUUGUCAUGUCCUCAAAGACCUGUGCAUCGUUAGUGGCCGGGCCCUGUGCAUGGGGUAUAGUUACUUCCCUGACACUUACUUAUUUUCUUCUGGCAUUAUCCUUCUGUGGUUCUACUAUCAUAAAUAACUUUGUCUGUGAGCACUCUGUCAUUGUUUCUGUCUCGUGCUCUGAUCCCUAUAUCAGCCAGGUGCUUUGUUUUGUCAUUGCCAUGUUCAAUGAGGUGAGCAGCCUGGUGAUCAUCCUCACUACUUAUAUAUUCAUUUUCAUUACUGUCAUAAAAAUGCCUUCUGACGGGGGGUGCCAAAAAGCCUUCUCCACCUGUGCCUCCCACUUGACCACCAUCACCAUUUUCCAUGGGACUGUCCUGUUCCUCUAUUGUGUACCCCAUUCCAAAACCUUCUGGCUCAUCGUCAAAGUAGGAUCUGUGCUUUACAUAGUGGUCAUCCCCAUGCUGAACCUCCUGAUCUACAAUCUCAGGAACAAAGAUGUGAAGGAGACUGCCAGAAAGUUAACGAGCCACACAAUACAAUCUUGAAGAUUGAUUUAUUUCUGGAAAGAAUUUG